GCAACGUUUUACAGAUACUGCGACAAGAGUAUAGACUGUCUCAGAACCGUAUAAGUACUUGAAUGCUUCAAUUCAAUUAAACUGAACAUCUCAGUUCCCUUAUACCUCAGCUGUAAACACACAAAACAGGCUACACCUAUAAUAUCGGCUUUGAAACGCGGAGUGGUAUGAGUUAGUAGGCAGUAGCAUAGGUGAUAAGACGUGUUCGUUCUCUUUGUUGAAAAUGGAGAAGGUACAACUACCUUUCAUUGAAAAGAAACCAACGAUUUCGUUCUACAAUUCAGCUGAAGAUCAAGAGAAUACUGACGAUCUGAUGGAAAAGAGAAAUGGCAAUGAGAGUCCCUCGUUCAAUCACACCCCUCAAUUUGGACAGAAUGAACCUGAACUUCCCAAUGAAAUAUCAGCCCCAUAUGAGGUACCCCAAUUUCCCAUUGAACAGAUCGAAAAAAAAUUGGCCAUACAAAGACAGAUAAACGUCAAAGCGUUGGAGGAAGGCAAAAGAAGCCAUUAUGAACCUUCCAUAUCUGCAGAGGAUCGAGAUCAAUUGAACAUCGAUGAACAUGACUUCGUACCGCAUUUCCAGAGAGUUUCAAUUUCUGGAGAAGAUACAAGUGGGGUUCCAUUGGAGGAUUUGGAGAGAGCUUCAAAGAUGUUGGUCGAAUCUUUGCGUAUAAGACAAAACUACAUGGCUAUGUCCCAUCAGAAUUUCAGUCAAACAGCUGCCAGAUUUCUGGAUCCAACCAGGGUUGAAAGAAAACAUGGUGAUAAACAAACCAUAGAAGAGCAUGGUAUCCAUCCUCCAGAACAUCAUCCCUGGAAAGCCCAGGACGUACCAGACACAGACCACGUUUUCAAGUCGAACAGGGGCGUAUUCGAAAUUUUCGAAAACGAGGAAGCCUUGAAAAACAACAAACCGUGCGAUUUUCCAUACCCUGAUAUGGAUACCUUCGUUAAAGAUAUGAACGUCAUGUGUAGCAUGAUUGCAGAUGGUCCACUGAAAUCUUUCUGCUACAGACGUCUCAGUUAUUUAUCGUCAAAAUUUCAGUUGCACGUUCUUCUGAACGAACUUAGAGAAUUGGCAUCGCAAAAGGCGGUUCCACACAGGGACUUCUACAACAUAAGAAAGGUGGACACUCACAUUCACGCAGCAUCCUGCAUGAAUCAGAAGCAUCUCCUCCGAUUCAUCAAGAAAACCCUGAAGAACCACGCCGAUGAAGUAGUGACCAACACAGCCGGAAAAUCGAUGACGUUGAAGCAAGUUUUCCAGUCGAUGAAUCUGACAACCUACGAUCUGACAGUUGACAUGUUGGACGUCCACGCAGAUCGUAACACGUUCCACAGAUUCGACAAGUUCAACGCCAAGUACAACCCCAUAGGGGAGAGCAGACUUAGAGAGGUCUUUUUGAAGACCGACAACUACAUCAAUGGAAAAUACUUCGCAAGGAUUAUCAAAGAGGUUGCCAGCGAUUUGGAAGAAUCCAAAUACCAAAACGCAGAGUUGAGAUUGAGUAUUUACGGUAAAAAUAAGGGAGAGUGGGAUACAUUGGCGAAAUGGGCCAUAGAAUCGAACGUUUACUCAGACAAUGUGAGGUGGCUGAUCCAAGUUCCGAGAUUGUUCGAUAUCUUCAAACUGAACAAAAUCCUAGACAACUUCCAAGAGAUUCUGGACAACAUCUUCACCCCAUUGCUGGAAGUAACAGCCAAACCUAGCUCUCAUCCAGAGCUACACCUCUUCCUUCAGUACGUCAUCGGCUUUGACUGCGUAGACGACGAGAGCAAACCCGAGAAUCCAGUCUUCGACUCAAACGCCCAACAGCCAUCAGACUGGAAUGAAGACGAGAAUCCAAACUACGCCUACUACCUCUACUAUCUAUUCGCCAACCUAUGUACCUUGAAUCACCUCAGGGCGCAGAAAGGUCUGCAUCCCCUGAAUUUAAGACCUCAUUGUGGAGAGGCUGGACCCAUCCAGCAUCUCAUCUGCGGUUACAUGCUCUCUGAGAACAUCUCUCACGGGUUGCUGCUAAGGAAGGUGCCGGUAUUGCAAUACCUGUAUUAUUUGGCGCAAAUUGGUAUCGCUAUGAGUCCUCUAUCCAACAACAGUUUGUUCUUGAACUACCACAGGAACCCCCUUCCUGAAUACCUGGCUAGGGGUUUGGUGGUGUCUUUAUCAACUGAUGAUCCUCUCCAGUUCCACUUCACCAAAGAACCCUUGAUGGAGGAGUAUAGUAUUGCUGCACAAGUGUGGAAACUUUCCAGCUGUGAUAUGUGCGAAUUGGCGAGGAACAGUGUUCUGAUGUCCGGAUUUCCACAUAGAGUCAAGAAGUUCUGGCUAGGGCCUAACUACACCAGGGAAGGCGUAGCUGGCAACGACAUCUCUCGUACCAACGUACCAGACAUCAGAGUCGCUUUUAGGUAUGAGACCCUGACUGAUGAGCUUUCCACCAUCUUCAAAUCUGUCAUGCAACAGAAUUUGAACGCAAGCGCAUGAAUGACUUGCCUCUAUGGGUCUUGGACGCGGAGGAAUAUUUGUAUUUUCGAAUUUAUUUUAAUACCAUACAUAUAGGAUUUACAUUUUUCCGCUCAAUUUUUGAGGUUAUAUAAAGUGUAUUCAAUUUUCCUCUAAUCGAGAAUGUUAUUCUUUACUGAUUCGUUCGAUUUUUUUUAUAAUUUUUAUGAAAUAUUUUUAGUUGGAUUAUGAUUAUAUCCAAAAAUCCAAGAAUGAAGUGCUCACUUCACCUCGUAUUUACCUAAGUAAAAAUUAAUAGUUUUUCAAAAACUGAGCAGAUUAGAUUACGUAUAUAGAAGUAUAUAAACCGUUAUUCAGUAACUGAAGUAUAUUUACCCUACCAUGUGAUUGAAAUUAGUUAUUAUUUCAGUUCACUGACGUGAUAGUUAACUGAUUAGCGUAUUGAAAUGUGCCUAAUAUUUUGUUAUAAUCAAUAAAUGGUUUAAAACUAUAAA